GGAUGAGACAAAACCAAUGGAAUCACAAUUCGUAUUGAAUUGGAAAUUUUACUCACAAUUCGUAUAGGAUACCGUUUUCUUAUCGGCUACAUAACCCCAAAACCUAUUCAAACAACGCACAAAAUUUCUAUUCGACUCCGGAGAGUUUAGCAGAGAGCAGAAGAAUCAUGGCGACGACUGCGAGCGUGUGGAGUAAGCCUGGAGCCUGGGCCUUAGAUUCCGAGGAGAACGAAUCGGAGCUUCAGCAGUUAGUUAAUGGAGACAAACAAUCGAAAGGCGGCGUUGGCGGCGGCGGAGAGACCCUUUCCGAUUUCCCUUCUUUGGCAGUUGCCGCAUCCACCAAGCCUAAGAAGAAGAAAGCUCAACCCUUAUCUUUGCAGGAGUUUUCCAAUUACGCAUCCGCUAGGCAGGCUCCGUCGCUGGAUACGGUUUCCCUCCCAACAGGCCCCCGCGAGCGGACUGCUGAAGAACUUGACCGCUCCAGGCUUGGUGGCGGGUUCAGAUCUUACGGUUCUUACAACGACAGGCCUGCUCGUGACGAUUCUCGCCGACAAGCUCCUCGCGAGUUCACGCCUUCUCGUGCUGACGAGACUGAUGAUUGGGGAGCGUCGAAGAAAUUUUCUCAGGGAAACGGGUUUGAGAAGAGGGAGAGGGGAGGGUUCUUCUCUGAUUCGCAAUCUCGCGCUGACGAGACUGAUGAUUGGGGAGCAUCGAAGAAAUUUUCACAUGGAAACGGUUUUGAGAGAAGGGAAAGAGGGGAUAGGGUAGGGUUUUUCUCAGAUUCGCUAUCUCGCGCUGACGGGUCUGAUAAUUGGGGGGCGAAUAAAGCGUUUAUUCCUUCCGAGGGUGGUCGGAGGGGGGUUGAGAGGAGAGGAGGGUUUGAGUCAAACGGGGGUGCUUCUGAUUCAGAUAACUGGGCAAGGAAGAAGGAAGAUGAUCAUCCGCGGAAGUUCAGCUCAGAUUCUGAGAGUUGGGGGAGAAACAGAGAUGAAGGAAGUGGCAACAGUGGCAGACCAAGGUUGAAUUUGAAGCCUAGGACAAUUCCUUUAGGUGAAGGGCAUCAAAACGGAGAUGGAAGUGCAGGGAAACCGAAAGGGUCGAAUCCAUUCGGGGAAGCUAGGCCAAGAGAAGAAGUUCUGAAGGAGAAGGGGCAAGACUGGAAGGAGAUCGAUCAGAAGCUUGAGUCCCUAAAGAUGAAGGGUGUUGGGAAGAACAGCUUCGGGAGCAGUAAUGGGAGAUCUUCACCUGAGGACAGCACAGAAAAGAGUUGGAGGAAGUUAGAAGGGAAUGACUCCAGACCAGAGGAAACCGAGCAAUCUAUGGAAGAGUACAGAGAUGGAGAUUGCAAUGAUGCGGAACCUCAGCAAGAUAAAAACUAAUGCUACACGUCUGCAGAAAGAGUUUUGACCUAUUGGGCUAUGAAACAUUACACUAGUUUCUUAGUACCUCUUUUUUAUUAUUAUUUCUGGUAAUAAUGUGUAAUUUCUUUCAUUAUAAAUGUGAAAACAUUUAUCUGAUGAGUGCAGUUUUGUUCUGCUGAGUGUAGUUGAUUGAUUUACAUUGUAUUAUUAGCAAGAACUGGAAUAAAAGUCGUUUGUCUUCUUACAGUGUAUAUCAGCUUUGUUGUUUAUGCUUAGAAUUGUUUGUUUAAGCUGAAGUGAAACAAAUCCAUGAGUAUUUCAGUAUUUGGCUGGUGCAAGUCCUAGUUCAUCC